AUGCAGUUUAUAGCAUCUUUCCGCAACGUGACCAGUCAUAUUACAAUGAGUGCAUUAUGGUGGAUCAGCAUUUCCAAUUUUAAAACAGUUUUCAAGAGAAUGACCAGGAAGCUUGCACUUUCCCUCACCUUCCGUUUUCACGACUGGCCUACAAGGCUUAAGAUCUGUAUUGGGAUAGCUGGAGGUCUAGCUUUUCUCCAUGAAGAAUCAAGAUUUAAGAUCGUUCACAGAGACAUUGAAGCUACAAAUGUGCUACUUGAUGGGGUUCUGAAUCCUAAAAUAUCCGAUUUUGGAUUGGCUAAGCUUCAUGAAGAAGAGAAGAGCCACAUCAGCACCCGAGUUGCUGAAACCAUAGGAUAUAUGGCACCAGAAUAUGCACUGUGGGGUUACUUGACCUACAAAGCAGAUGUUUACAGUUUUGGGGUUGUGGCUUUGGAAAUUGUUAGUGGGAAGAACAACAAUAACCAUAUGCCAAGCAACAGCAAUUGCGUUUGUCUCUUAGAUUGGUUAAUCUUCUUCCUGUGCUUAAUACAUUGCACUUAUGUUGUAGUUUGCAAGACUCAAUGUGGAAGUUUUAAAUUACGUGGAUUGCUGGCCUGCCAUUUGCAGCAAAGUGGGACUUUUAUGGAGCUUGUUGAUGAGAUGUUAAAUUGUGAAGUUACCAUAAAAGAAGCAGAAAUUAUGGUCAAAGUAGUUCUCUUGUGUACAGAUGUAUCCUCAACACUUAGGUCUACAAUGUCGGAGGUAGUGAGCAUGCUUGAAGGACGAGUGGUUUAA